GGAAUAUUUAACGAAAAUUGACUCAGUUUUAAGUAAGCGUGUAUUUAGUAUUUUAUUUUAAAAGUGGUAAAGCUAUUUUUUUCGGCAAUUUGAACUAAAAUUAUCAGUAAAAUGGCUUUAAUUGGUGGAGGAUUCACCCCAAACAAGUUGUUCGACAAUCCGGAACUUUCCGACGUUGCGAUCGUGCUGGACAACGAUGAGGGUGGCGCCACUUCCACGGAGACCAAGACGUUUCAUGGCCACCGCGUGAUUCUGGCCACCAUGUCAGACUACUUCCGAUCGAUGCUGUACGGAUCGUUCGUGGAAGCGACCAAGAAGGAGAUCCGCCUGCCGGGAGUUCCGUACUCUGCCUUUGUUAAAGUUAUGCAGUUCGUGUACUAUGGCUGGACUCGAAUGGAAGGCGGAACUCUGGCCGAGGCUGUGGAGCAUUACACACUGGUCCGGAUGUUGCUGCUGGAUUCAAAGAUGAACUCUUCCUUCGAGCAGAUGAUGCUCAGACAAAUCAAUACGGUUGAGGCGUGGAAGAAAGACCUUGUGACGAUCUUUGCCUUGGCAUUCGAAUGGGACAUGCCCUCGCUGAAGAAGGCAUGCAUCUCAAAGAUCAGCGAAACCGCGAACGAGUUCCUUGAAAACAGCUCGUUUCUUAAACUGCCUCUGGGAGCUGUCCAAAUGAUGUUGGACACUUCCCCCAUCUACUGUACCCGUGCUGAGCUUAGACAAACGAUCCAGGCCUGGAUUGAUCACCAUAACGGAGAAAUCGCUGCGGGCACUGCAGACGAAUUGAUUCAAAAAGUUUCUAAACUUAAGAAGUUCUGCUACAACUUCAAGCACUUUUCACUCUACCCGAAGAAAGACCAAGACAAACCUGAGGAACCGGAGCAGCCGCUUGCGGAAUGCUCAAAGCCCAUGGAAGCUCUCCAAGCGUAUUCGUACAAAUCUAAAAUGAAAAUUCUCAAAUGCUUCACGUUGAAAGGGAUCAAGAUUUGCCUUAAAGCGAACCCGCAAUUGGGACCGCAGCACGGACGGAUCAAAUCGGAACUCGAGUUGUGUCUCAACAUAAGUUCCACCAUAAGCCCUGUUUUCUCCGAAUACAAGUAUUCCAACUCCAAACAGCGCAACCUAACCGUUCGCUACGACCUGACCCAACAGGAGCAGCAAUCAGUGACGAUCUUUGUCCCGGAAAUAAAAUGCUGCAAAGAUGCUCAAGUGAUUUUCAGCUUUAGUUGGCAAGGUUCCGGGGUGCAACCACUGUUGCACAAAUACGGUCCUGCAAGAAGCAACAAAAAGCUCAAGGCGGAUUCCUCGUACGUGACUCACAUCAUCUACCGGAACGAGGACGAGUACGACUCGGAUGGCCGCUGCCAGUCGUGCCCCGGAUUGUACGAGAGCGACCAAUACUCAUCGUCGAGCUUUUUCGAAAGCAGUGACGAAGAAAUGGAGCCUGAUCGGUCUUCCGAGAACGCCAGUAAUGAAGAUUAGGCAUUUGCUUAUUCUGUGGACGGGCACAAAUGUGUGAAUAAAGAUUGCUUUAAACAUGUU